CGUCAAUCUGAGAAACUGCAGACUGAUAGGAGGAACCAAAGAGCUCUGCAAAGGAAGCAAUUCGCCCAAGUCUGCCGUUUAUUGAUCGUUCAGAAACGCCAGCGGCUGUGAUGAACCACAGCAAAGGUAAACAACAAUAAAAUAACCCGAACAGGUGAUCAACUCAGAACCUGUCGCACCUUUCAACUCUCUUUCUCUCUUUACCGUUAAAAACCAGUUGGCGUGGCAACCGCCUGCGCCCCUCAAGCCGAGCAGAGAUUACGUUAAAAACAUUUGCGUUACGACAUCAGGUUUCCAGGCUUGAUAUUCAGUUAUCGAUUAUUAAUGAGCCUCUCAUGAACACAGAGGUAGUUUUUAGCUGAUUUAAACUCCUGCUCUGCUAGUCAGUCGGUCUUUGAGUCGCUUUUUUUUAUUUGUUAAUGGAUCUGGAACGCAACAUAAUAUUUACUGAGAAUAUUAAUUUUAACACGUUUUGUUGAUUUUUUUUUAUUGUUCUUUAAUGAAGCUACAAACGUUUUGGAUCUUAGUGAAUAUUUUAAUAAGCCUGUCAGAAGAGGAAGUUCUGGUUUCAGCGUCCUGGCCGCACCUGCUGCCGAGAUCCACUCAAAACCUUCCCGCGAUCCACGUAUUGAUCACCCCUGGUGUAGGCUAAUGUAUAAUCUGAAUUGAACAUGCCCUUCAUUUCAAAAUAUAUAUCUACUUUUGUAAUACCGCAGAUGUAACGCUAGAUGUCAGUAAAACCCCGCCCGAAAUCAUCCAGCAAAGUUCCCAAUGAGUAAUCCACGCUUUGUCCGGCCUCUAAAACAUUACGUUAGCAUCUUAUUUGUGGACCAUGUCUGAAAGUAUCCUAUAAAAAAUGCCGUCAGGAAGUUGUCACUUCUGAAAGCAGCACACAGCUUUCUGAGAACCGCCGCCCCGCGUUGUGUUGGAGGGCUGGCUCAAUCAACAACUGCCAUCUCCCAUCUUCCUCAAAGCAGCGGGGCAUUUUAGAAGGAGACCAGCCGAGACUUUGUGCCCGAACCCACGGAGACCCACUGAGCGAAGCCCAUGACCGACGUUUUCUGUCAGGAUACAGAGAUACGGCAUGGCUACUGACAGCAUAGCAAUGAACGGAGAUGCUGACCGAAGCGACGAGGCGGAGGUCAUUCGUCGGGAAAACAGCAUCACAUGGCGGCGGCGGCGCGGACCCCUUAACAUGAACCAUUAUGCUAACAAGAAGAGCGCAGCAGAGAGCAUGCUGGAUGUGGCUCUGCUGAUGGCAAACGCCUCGCAGCUGAAGGCCGUUCUCGAGCACGGACCGAGCUUCACCUUCUACGUUCCCCUCAUCACUCUCCUCAGCAUCUCUCUCAUCUUACAGAUAGUGGUGGGAGUUAUGCUCAUCUUUAUCGUUAAGUGGAAUCUGAACGAUGAAAGAAUGCAUCACAAGCUGGACAUCUUGGAAAGCUGUGUCAUGGCCUUCAUCUUUGUCAUCGUGGUGGUCAACGUCUUCAUCACAGCCUUCGGCGUCCAGCAACCCCACUCAAAAGAUUCACCGCCUUCUUGACGUGCUCGUUGCUCAUCAAGACAUUAUGAUAUUUUAUUACUUUUUACAAAUUAAAAGGCCAUUCUGUAUAAUUGGUUGCUAUUGUCUGACUGUCUGUGUUUUGAACAAAAAUGAAAAACUUUCUCAUCAGUUACUGGUGCAAAAUAACGAAAAACACCAAGCACAAAAGACUGUAUAAGACACAAUCAUUGUGACCAUUUCCUGUCAUGUAAAAAUAUUUUUCAUAUCUGUUGUUGUCUGUAUGCAUGACUGCUGCUGCUUAUUAUUGACGGAUAACCUCAACAAAAUUAAAGUAAAAUUAUUCAAGAAGGCUAAAUGCAGCACCGGAGCUUAACUGAAGGAGAGAUGUGUUGUUUACAGUUUGAAUUUCUUGAAUAAUGAUCUUUAUGUGCUUUUUGAAGUGCUAUGCAGAAUGCAAUAUUUUUGACUGUCUUCCAUACAUUAGGUAAACUUUUCAGUGUCAAAUCAGUGGAAGAGGCCUGUGAGUACAACCUCCGGUUGAGGAAACAAUGUCCUGCCUUUUAUUUGUUUUUAAGUACUCGUUUUAUCUCUUUUAACAGGUAUUGCAGACAUAAAGUAAUAUAUUUGUUAUUUAGUUUUUGAAGAGAAUCUCAAGAUCCUACACUUACUGAUUGGGAACCUGGUUAAAAAAAUAAUUUGAGUUUAUUUACAUCGUUGUGCGGUUGCUUUGACUAAAUGUUUUAUUUACUUUUUUUAAACAAACAAAAAAACAAGAAUAUUUUACAGCUUUAAGUACUUCUAUACACUGUGACUGCUCAUGUUCUAUAUUUUUAAAUAAAACUAGAAAAGUUUUAUUUUC